UGGCACAUGGCCCGCUACCAUUGGCUGUGGCGCGGACUCCGCCCCCUGGACUGCAGAGCCGGCGGAGGGCGCACGUCUUACGCAGCCGGCGGUAGCAGCGGCGUUGAGGAGCCUGGGCUUGUGGCGUUCGCGGGCUGGGUCCCCAGCCUGGGAAAAGAUGGCCCCACGGGCCCCGAGGGGCCUAGCCCCAGCUCUGCUCUGGGGCCUGAGCCUCUUCCUUGGCCUCCCAGGACCGGUCUGGGUCCAGCUUUCUCCGCCUCCCAAGUCUUCUUCCCCCACUGAGCCCCAUCCAUGUCACACCUGCCGGGGACUGGUCGACAGUUUCAACAAGGGCCUGGAGAGAACCAUCCGGGAUAACUUUGGAGGUGGAAACACUGCCUGGGAGGAAGAGAAGUUGUCCAAAUACAAAGACAGUGAGACCCGCCUGGUAGAGGUGCUUGAGGGCGUGUGCAGCAAGUCGGACUUCGAGUGCCACCGCCUGCUGGAGCUGAGUGAGGAGCUGGUGGAGAGCUGGUGGUUUCACAAGCAGCAGGAAGCCCCAGACCUCUUCCAGUGGCUCUGCUCAGAUUCCCUGAAGCUCUGCUGCCCCUCAGGCACCUUUGGGCCCUCCUGCCUUCCCUGUCCUGGGGGUGCGGAGCGGCCCUGCGGUGGCUACGGGCAGUGUGAAGGGGAAGGAACUCGAGGGGGCAGCGGGCACUGUGACUGCCAAGCCGGCUAUGGGGGUGAGGCCUGUGGCCAAUGUGGCCUCGGCUACUUUGAGGCGGAGCGCAAUGCCAGCCAUCUGGUAUGUUCGGCUUGUUUUGGCCCCUGUGCCCGCUGCUCAGGACCUGAGGAAUCAAAUUGUUUACAGUGCAAGAAGGGCUGGGCCCUGCAUCACCUCAAGUGUGUAGACAUUGAUGAGUGUGGCACGGAGCGAGCCAGCUGUGGAGCCGACCAGUUCUGCGUGAACACGGAGGGCUCCUAUGAGUGCCGAGACUGUGCCAAGGCCUGCCUGGGCUGCAUGGGGGCAGGGCCUGGCCGCUGUAAGAAGUGUAGCCCUGGCUACCAGCAGGUGGGCUCCAAGUGUCUCGACGUGGAUGAGUGUGAGAUGGCAGUGUGUCCAGGAGAGAACGAGCAAUGCGAGAACACCGAGGGCAGUUACCGCUGUGUCUGUGCCGAGGGCUACAAACAGAUUGAGGGCAUCUGUGUGAAGGAGCAGAUCCCAGAGUCAGCAGGCUUCUUCUCGGAGAUGACAGAGGACGAGCUGGUGGUGCUGCAGCAGAUGUUCUUCGGUGUCAUCAUCUGUGCACUGGCCACGCUGGCCGCCAAGGGUGACUUGGUCUUCACCGCCAUCUUCAUUGGGGCUGUGGCAGCCAUGACCGGCUACUGGUUGUCAGAGCGCAGUGACCGUGUGCUGGAGGGCUUCAUCAAGGGCAGAUAAUCCCUGCCACACCGGCAGCAUCUCCUCCUGCCCAGGCUGACCCCAAGGUCGGGACUCUCCCACCUGGACACUUGAGGCCCUUGCUUUGCUUCUGAGAGUGCGGUAAGCACCCUCUACCCACCUUGUGGAGCAGCCCAGACACCUGGGCCUGGGCAGGUGAGGCCCUUGGGUGAAAAAGUAGCCCUGUAGGUGGGUGCCAUGAGAUCUUGGCCUUGGGGCACUGGUCAGCCUUCACAGUGUCGUGAAUUUUUAAAAAAAGUGUCUCCUCAUUGUGGCUGCUAGUGAGCUUUGGCCCCUACCCAGGAUGGGGGGGGGCGUCCCUUCACAACCCCCUCCUGCCAGCUGCAUGCUGUCAGCUCCUGUUCUGUCCUCACCCCCUUGCCCCUCAGCCACUGAUUUAUUUAUUCAUCUCAGGAAAUAAAGAAAGGUCUUGGAAAAUGGAGAAGCUUGUCUUAC